UUCAUUGUUUCAAUCUCUGUCGGUCUCUCGCCUCGUCUAGCCAGUAGCCGCCCCAGACAAUUAUCAGUUUUUAGAGUGCUAUUGAAAUUGACAGUGCCCUUGUCAAAAUAUUUCUCAUUUUAAAAUUAUUUGUAUCGCAACAAAAUCGUAUUUAUCUCUUAAAAGCUGCAAUUAACUAUUUAUAUAACCCAAAAUGAGUGACAAUAAGAACGAUAAUAAACAAAUACGCGUGUGGUGUGAUGGCUGUUACGAUAUGGUACAUUUUGGUCAUGCCAACUCGUUAAGGCAAGCAAAGUCCUUAGGAGAUGUGUUGAUUGUGGGAGUGCACACGGAUGAAGAAAUAUCCAAACAUAAAGGUCCACCUGUGUUCACACAGCAGGAGAGAUACAAAAUGGUUGGUGCAAUCAAAUGGGUCGACCAUGUGGUGGAGGGUGCACCUUAUGUGACAACAUUAGAAACAUUAGACAAAUACCAGUGUGAUUUCUGUGUGCAUGGAGAUGACAUAACAGUAACGGCGGAUGGAAUCGAUACAUACCAUUUAGUAAAAGAAGCCGGCAGAUACAGAGAGGUGAAGAGGACUGCUGGAGUUUCAACAACAGAUCUGGUCGGAAGAAUGUUACUGCUGACAAGAGAACAUUUUAAGAGAGGUGACAAAGAAUAUUCAGUUGAACUGGAACAUUCAUCAAAUCUUGGGACGGAUUCCACAGCGAGGUCACCAUACACCGGUUGUUCACAGUUCCUGCCUACUACACAGAAAAUUAUACAAUUUAGCAGUGGUCUUUCACCAAAGCCCACGGAUAAAGUAGUAUAUGUGGCUGGUGCCUUCGACCUGUUCCAUGUCGGCCACCUGGACUUCCUGGAGGCGGCGCACGCGCAGGGCGACUUUCUCAUAGUAGGGCUCCACACUGACCUCGAGGUCAACAGGUAUAAGGGCUCCAACUACCCCAUCAUGAACCUUCACGAGAGAGUCCUGUCCGUGCUGGCUUGUAAGUAUGUGCACGAGGUGGUGAUCGGGGCUCCGUACAGCGUGACGGCUGAGCUGAUGGACCACUUCGGUGUGAAGGUGGUGUGUCACGGACUGACGCCCAUCGCCAGCGACAAGGACGGAGCUGAUCCGUACCAGGUGCCCAAGGAACGGGGCUGCUUUAAGACAAUAAACUCGGGCAACACAAUGACAACAGAAGACAUAGUACAGAGAAUAAUCCGUCACCGACUGGAAUUCGAAGAGAGGAAUUCUAAGAAGGAACAAAAAGAAAUUGCCGUUAUGAAAACUAUACAGAAGAAGCAUUUGAAACAGAACGGUAACUGUGAGAAUGUCAAAGGUUAUGGCGAACUAAUUGAAUAAUUUUUAUAAUUUUUUUGUUAUAUAAUAUUUUUCUGGUUAACAAGUACACGCUAUCAUGACAAGGUUUAAGGUGUUGUAUAAUAAUAAAGUUUCCCAUUGGUUAUAUACGGGUAUAUGGAUACUCGGUUAGCAAAAUGUAUAUUACAACAGUUACUAAUAUUAUUAGCUGUUACUUAUCACGAUCAUGUUUAUGUUUUAAUUUUAUAAAAUGCAUUUUGUAACGACAGCCCAUUCCAAAUAAUAUGUUGUGUAUCACCGACAACAAUGAUGUUGUAUGAAUUAAUAGGAAAAAAAAAAUUAUUGUUUUAGUAUGAAGCAUAGUUUUAUUUUAUAUAAUAAUAAUAUUAAUAAAUAAUGAUUAUAAUCAUAAAUUUUCAACGGCUUGUUUGUAAAUAAUGUUUGGCAAUUAGACGAAAUUAUAAAACUAAGUUUUAUGUACAAAGUUUACAUUAUAUUUAUUUAUUUUAGAUAUAUGUUUAAUUGUUAAAAAUAAAUAUUUACAACAUUAAUCUGAAUUAUGAUGGUUAAAUAGAAGUUUGCCUAUCUACUUUUAGUAAAUAAAUUACCAAUUUCAAUGUAGACAAAA